CUGUCUCUGCGUACUCAUCCUCCGCCAGUCUUAACGCGUCACUGCCAGCAUCAUGGUCCUGCUCGCCGGACGCUUCGCUGCCCUCGUAGCGCUCCUUAGCCUCUCCGGAGCCGCGCUCUCCGCACCUGCGGUCCACGUAGCCGCCGAUCCUUGCGUGAAGGUCGCAGGAAAGCAGUUUGCUUUCCCAGCCGACGCGCUCGCGUGCUUGAAGUCGUUCCCGUUCAAUGAGACGCUGCGUCAGAAUGUGCUCACCGUCGUCGAUCGUGUCUUCAACUUCUACACGUUCGAGGACUUCUACUUGCACUCGCCUCCGCCGUUCCAGGACUCGACGACCAAUAUCCGCGCUCAGCUUCAGCGGAUCAAUAGCACAAAGUACAAGACGGACUACGACUUCAACCACGACUUGUUCGAAUUCACGAAUCAGCUGAAUGAUGGUCACACACGCUGGCUUCCAAGCUGCUACGAGACAUAUCAGAACCUCCUCCCCGCGCCCGUCGUGACGCUCGAGCAGAAUGGCGUCGAGAGUGUGUUCGUUGCUCCCGAUCUGCUGGAGUUCAUCCCUCUCGUCGGCAGCGGCUACACUGACCUUCUUGCCUCGAUCGGCUUUGACUGGCAACGCCUGGCCGGCGCGCGCGUGCUCGCGAUUGAGGGCCAGGACCCGUACGCUUACGCAGACUUCAUCGCCGCAACCCAAUCUGGCAACUACCUAGACCACGGCGUGCGCGUGAACAGCGUGUUCAGCAGCUACCGCAUCUCGGGCAACGACUUCUCGCAGCGCUUUGGGGACAUUGCGGGCCCUGCGUUCCCUGAUUUGCAGUCGCUCACGAUGACGCUCCAGCUGGUCAACUCUACGAAGCCCGAGACGGUCAAGGUCCCGUUCAUCUCUAGUUUUGCCGGCGUCGCGUUCACGAACGGCGCUGACUACUGGGCCAACAACUGCGCGGCCAAUGACGAAACGAACGGCGUCGACAACAAGAGCGGGAGUCAGUUCGGAAGGCUCGCUGCCUCCGAUGCCCCGCCGCAGAAGACCCGGAAACUCGCGAAGGCGAACGUCGUCGACCUGCAGGCGGUCUCUGUCGGCUUACCCUCGCAGUUUGAGCCGACAGUCCCUACUCUUAGUGGCAGCGAGGGAGUAAUCAAGUCGUAUGUCCUACCGGAUAACAAGACCGGUGUGAUGUUUGUGGGCUCGUUUGAGCCGGAUGACUUCAACGGGUUCCAGACCGACGUUCAGAGCGCGUUCAAGGAAUUUGAGCAGGCCGAUGUAUCGCAACUCAUCGUUGACCUGACCAACAACGGCGGUGGCUUUGUUUGCCUCGGACAGUUCCUUCACGCGUUCCUCACCGGCAGCAAAAGCCUCGGCAACUUCCAAAACCCUGGCUUCCAAUCCACGCUGCGCGCCAACCCGCUUGCCCAGAAGAUAGUUGCUUCUGAUAUUGCUCUCGGCCUCAACGCUUCAUUCUCCUUCUACACGCCAGACAACUAUGAUUUCCUGAACGACACUCAAAUGCCGCUGACGGACAACUUCGUAAACCCUCCAACGACGAGGACCAUCAACGGUCAGCAGUUCGCGGAAUCCCAACGCUUCGGAGAUACAUGCGAGCUGGGAUUUGUCGUCGAUAUUCCCGAGGAGCCCUUCUUCCCACCAGAUAAGAUUGCGAUUGUCGGUAAUGCGAAUUGCGCCUCAACAUGCGCGAUGUUCAGCACCCUCAUGAAUGAGCGCCAUAACACGACCAUUGCUAACUUCGGCGGCAAGCCUGGAUCCACGUUCCAGUUCAAGGGUAUGGCCGGCAACCAGGUCUUAGAGUGGUUCGAUAUCGACUCAGAAAUUAAGACCGCGAACUUGAAGGAUGAUCCGCUCGCUCCUCCUGAUCUCCUCGUCAACGCCGACUUCCGUCACAACUGGCGCAUUGCGUACAGCUUCCUUGACGAGACCACACCUAUUGAGUACAAGUCCGAGCCUGCGCGCAUCAGGUUCCCUUACACUGCCGACACUUACAACAACCCGCAAAAUCUUUGGACAUUCGCGUGA